AUGGAGAGACUACAAAGAUUAAUGAUGAAUAGUAAGGCUGGUGCCACUGAUGCAAAUCGUGAUGAUACACAAGAAACCGUUUAUAUUUCUUCAAUUGCAUUGUUAAAAAUGUUGAAGCAUGGCAGAGCUGGCGUACCAAUGGAAGUAAUGGGUUUAAUGCUUGGUGAGUUUGUGGAUGAUUAUACAGUUAAUGUCGUUGACGUGUUUGCAAUGCCUCAAUCUGGUACUGGUGUUUCUGUCGAGGCUGUCGAUGAUGUUUUUCAAGCAAAAAUGAUGGAUAUGUUAAAGCAAACAGGUAGAGAUCAAAUGGUGGUAGGGUGGUACCAUUCACAUCCAGGUUUUGGAUGUUGGUUAUCUUCAGUUGAUGUUAACACACAAAAAUCAUUUGAGCAAUUAAAUAGCAGAGCGGUUGCAGUGGUUGUCGAUCCAAUACAAUCGGUGAAAGGUAACGUCGUUAUUGAUGCAUUUAGAUUGAUCGAUACAGGUGUUUUAUUAAAUAAUCAAGAACCAAGACAAACGACAUCCAAUACAGGUCUAUUGAAUAAAGGUAAUAUCCAAGCCCUAAUAAAUGGUUUAAACAGACAUUAUUAUUCAUUAAAUAUAGCUUAUCACAAAACUUCAUCUGAGACAAGUAUGUUAAUGAAUUUACAUAAAAAACAAUGGCAAACAGGUUUAAAAAUGAAUGAUUAUGAAGAAAAAGAAAAUUCCAAUUUGGAGCUUACAAAGAAGAUGGUAAAUAUUGCACGCAUGUACUCCAAGAGAAUAGAAGAAGAAAAAGAAUUAACAGAAGAUGAAUUGAAGACUCGUUAUGUUGGUAAACAAGAUCCAAAGAAGCAUUUAACUGAAGCUUCUGAAAAAUUAUUAGAAGAAAAUAUAAUUUCUGUUAUAACGUCAGGCGUCAAUUCAAAUAUAACUAGAUAG